UUUUAUAAACUGGUUUCUACCUACAAAAAUAAUUUCUUUGAGAAAAGGAUGAAAAGAACAAAUACCAAAACCAGGCAAUAAAAUGAAUAAACACCAAUCAAAAUUUAACUUGACUUUAUGUGCGUGACUGUUGUGCGUGUUUGACAACACCGUCAACAGUUAUCUGUAGUUUUUAAAAUGCCUCCCAAAAAGAAGAAGGGGAAGGGGAAAGGCAAAAAGAAGAAGAAGGAUGAUCCCAUGGCAAUGGAGCUUGAUGACAAAUACAAGAAGACUGUACAUGAGAUUGAAGCUUUAAAGGACCAGUUAGCUGUUAGGAAAGAAUUAGCUCGUCGUGGACAAGGGGAUGGUGAUGCUAUGAAAGCAAAGAUGAAUGAAACCAUGGUGGAAUUAGAGAAACACAAAAAUGAUCAAAAAGACAUUACUGCUGACAUGACAAGACAAUACAAGUACAUGAUGACAGGGCUCCAGUUAAAACUUCAUCAAAUGGAAAGAGACUAUCAGAUAACACAGAAAGCUCUUAGAGAUACAGAACAGAAACUUAAAGAAACAGAAGAAGAAAGAGACCAAAUAAUAAAAGACAAAGAUGAAAAAAUUGAUGAACUGAACAAAGAGAUACGCAAAAUGGAAAAGGAUUACAAAAGAAUACUUGAUGAUGCUUUAAACAAAUUGAUAGACAAGUUAGAGGAGGAGAAAGAUAAAUGGGAAAAGAAGGCAACAAUGUUACAAACUGAAAAUGUCAACAAUUUACGGGAAUUUGGUCUGACCGAUCAGUGGACAUUCCACAGUGUUAAACCAAUGAGAGGCUACAGUGGACCAACUAAAGGAUUCUAACUAAAUGAAUAUAGAUUUAAAUACACAA